AUGUAUGCUUUCAGGCUAUUAAGUACCCUAGGCUUCUUCGCCAUAAUUAGAGAUGUGGCCGCCAACAGCCCCUCCCCCCUCCCAUCCAGUCAGCCACCUCUAGAUAGCGGCCAACUGCUAUCGAAUUCCAAUUCCAUUCAAUACUUCUGCAUUCUUGAUGGCAUAUUUACAGCCAAUGCGACUAUAGCCGCGAAAGGCUGCAACACCACGCAGACCACGCUCCCGCACUGGCUGGCCAAUCUAUACAUCGGAUCGGUGCAGAACGGGACCCAGUCAUUCGACCACAACCCAUGGGACUUCGUGGUGCAAACAAUUGUAUCUCUAGAUGGCGAUUUUUCCAACUUAAAGCUGUGGGAUCUGAACUUCGCUAGUGCAGGGCUCUUUGACAAGACUGGAAAUAGUGAAGGGGAAUUUGAUGUGUUAGGGGGGGUUGAUAUGCUGAAUCUAGCGCACAAUGCCCCCGGUUCGCCCCAGAUCGAGAAAAUUGAAGUCGGCGGGACACCGGGAUACAGAGCCAGUGGUGAUCAAAGUGGAUAUGUUGGGAACAGUAGUUAUCAGAAUGCAGUGAGGGUCGCCUCUGCAGACCUAGAGCCUACUUGCUCGUCGUUUUAUCAGUGGUUUCAUUGGGACAACACAAACAAUUGGAACUGGACACUUUCGUUUACUAACAACACUGCCAAUGUUUCCAUUUUCACCAGUCAGCCUGUCGGGACGCUGAACGUUGGAGCGACAUGCCAGAGGAUGCUGAAUAACUCUCAACAGGGAGAUCUAGGAGCCUGGCCGGUAUUUCGGGGAGAUGCGAUUGAGUUGUGGACUAAUGGAACAGAGCCCGCCUUCCACAGUUGGAAUACCUCACAGACAUCAUCAACGACCUCCUCUCCUAAGUCUCCUUCGACAGCAGUGGUAUUUUCGAGCCCGCCAUUACAAGCGGUCGUUAUCUUCUUUCUUCUAGGACAGAUUGGAUCAUGGAUACUUUUGUAA